CGUUAAGCAUUAUUACAUGAGAAGAAUCAAAAGAAAAUGAUCAUGAGAGUGCAGCAUUACAAAGAGAUCGCAGCCAUUGCGCUCAAGCGUCGAGAAGAUGCCAUACCGAAAGAACUACUCCUCCCGGAGGGAUCCCUCCGGAAUCUACCACGAAACCUGACUACCGUCCCCAGAAGCUCCGGGCACUUUACAAACGAGGAGCUGGAGAUCAUCGAGACGGAUGCGGAAGAAAUCCUUGUUAAAAUCAGGGAGAAGACAUGGACAUCUGUAGAAGUCACCAAAGCAUUCUGCAAAGCAGCCGUAGUAGCACAGCAGCUUACAAACUGCUUGACCGAGAUCCUUAUCCCCGAGGCUCUCGAGCGUGCCAAAUUCCUCGAUGACCAUCUCAAGAACACGGGCGAAGUGGUUGGUCCCCUUCAUGGUCUCCCGGUCUCCCUGAAAGACUGCAUGAUUACACCGCCUCACCCGUCGUCCAUCGGAAUGGCCUGCUACGCAAACGAAGCCACCAACCCGGAGGAUGAGACUAUUCUUGUCAGUGUUUUGGCGAAGCUGGGGGCGGUGUUCUACGUUAAGACGACGACCCCUACAGCGAUGAUGAUGAUGGAAACGAUUAGUAACGUGUGGGGGGAAACGACCGGAGCGUACCACAGUGGAACGAGCCCCGGUGGCAGUAGUGGGGGCGAGGGGGCGCUUUUGGCAAUGAGGGGGAGUCCCUUAGGUAUUGGAACCGAUAUAGGAGGCAGUAUCCGGAUUCCGAGCGCGUUCAACUAUUUGUUUGGCUUGAAGCCUACAUUUGGACGCUUCCCGGUCUACGGUGCAAAGUCAGGAAUCACGGGUCAAGAUUUUAUCUACUCAAAUAAUGGGCCAAUGUCAAGAUCUCUUGAAACUCUCAAACUUUACUGCAAAGCUGUGCUUUCAACAGAGGUUUCACCGUGGAAUUUGGACCCCAAAUGUCUUCCAGUUCCCUGGAGAGGAGAUGUCAUCGAGCCCAAGGGGCGAAAGUUGCGGUUCGGCAUCAUCUCAGACAAUGACGGAGAAAUCAGCGUCCAUCCUCCCAUUCUGCGCGGCCUUGCUAUGACGAAGAAAGCGCUGGAGGCCGCAGGUCACGAAGUCUUCGAAUGGGCACCCAUCGACCACCCCGAAAUAGUGAAGACUCUGAACUCGUCCUUCCACACUCUUGGAGGAGCUGCCAUCAUCGAGCUUACGAGGAGGUACGGCGAGCCUGUUUUUGGGUCAAUGAAGGAGUACGAGGAAUCUUAUAAUAGAGGUGAAGCUGGCACUCUCGGACCCACGAAGUUAAGGCAGAUGAUUGCCAAGAGGAACGCCUUCCAGAAAGACUACCUCGAUCGCUGGUCUGCCACAGCGAAGGAUGGAAAGCCAGUCAUGGACGGGAUCAUCCUCCCUGCUUCCCCCUGGGCUGCCCCCAGACUCGGCAUUACACAGGAGGUCUUCUGUGUAAACUACACCGGUGUAUUCAACUUACUCGACUACCCAGUCUGCACUUUCCCCGUCACUUUCGCGGACAAGAAUCUCGACCGACCAAGAACUUCCUGGAAGCCCCUGAAUGACAAGGAUGCUGCGUUGCAGGCGGAUUACGACCCUGAGUUCUAUGACGGGGCGCCCGUCGCUCUGCAGUGUGUAGGCAGAAGGCUGGAAGAUGAGAAGGUCCUUGAGAUGGUUGGUAUUAUUUCGGAUGCUCUCAAGAAGACUAACUUAUGAGUGAAUGCGAGUGGACCGAGUUUUUGGCAGGGACAUAGCUAGUUCUGCGCGGCAGAGACAAUACUAGAACUACUUCACUUUUCCACCGAGUGAAUACAAAUAAAAACAAC